AGCUGCAGGCAGCGGCGCGGAGCACAGGGCAGAGCGGGGACCCGCACGCAGCCGGCUCCAGGUGGCAGGGAAGGAGCGCGGAGCCGACGGGCGGUGGGCGGGCGGGCGCUGGCACCCGUGCUCUUGGUCCCCGUAGGCUCGCGCUCCCUCGCGGCGUUGAGAACCCUGCGCCUUGGGGCCUGGUCCAGCAACCAUGGCCCAUUACAAGACAGAGCAGGAGGACUGGCUCAUCGUCUACCUGAAGUAUUUGCUCUUCUUGUUCAACUUCUUCUUCUGGGUGGGCGGGGCGGCGGUCAUGGCCGUGGGCGUGUGGACCCUGGUGGAGAAGAGCGGCUACCUCAACGUCCUGGCCUCCAGCACCCUCGCCACCUCCGCCUACAUCCUCAUCUUCGCGGGCGCCCUGGUCAUGGUGACCGGCUUCCUGGGCUUCGGUGCCAUCAUCCGGGAGCAGAAGAGCUGCCUGUCCACGUAUUUCUGCCUGUUGCUUGUCAUCUUCCUGGUGGAGCUGGUGGCAGGCGUCCUGGCCCAUGUGUACUACCAGAGGCAUGGCAGGGAGAGGAUGUGGGGGUUGAAUCUAUGGAAUCCCGAGCCCUGCAGCCCGUGGCCCGGGGGCCCGUGGGGCCCACCCAAGCCCCCCUCACCUCCGGCCUCACUCUCCCUCUAGUUCAAGUGCUGUGGGAGCAACAGCUCGGCUGACUGGCAGCACAGCUCCUACAUCCUGUCUCGGGAGGCCGAGGGCCGCCGGGUGCCCGACAGCUGCUGCAAGACAGUGGUGACACGCUGCGGCCAGCGAGUCCACCCCUCCAACAUCUACAAGGUGGAGGGAGGCUGCAUCACGAAGCUGGAGCAGUUCCUGGCUGACCACCUACUGCUCAUGGGGGCGGUGGGCAUCGGGGUAGCCUGCCUGCAGAUCUGCGGGAUGAUUCUCACCUGCUGCUUGCACCGGAGGCUCCAGCGGCACUUUUAUUAAUGGUCAACCCUGUCCCCUUCUGGCUGUCCCUCACAAGUACAAGGGCCUACAUCUCCACAUCCAUCAGCAGGCCUGACCAGAGCCAUGGACUACCUUUACCCUGGGCCCAGGCCCGGGAGCCCACCAAGUGCCUGGAUGGUGACUCCUGCUCUCCCCACCUAGGCAGGGACCCUCAGCCCCCACCCCUGCCCUUCUGAGCAUUCACUGCCAGAAUCCUGGGCAGGGAAUGAUCCUACCAGGACACAGCCAGAGCCCCUUGCCAGGCAUGAAGUGUCCAGGACAGUAGGAAGGUGAGAGCUCUUCACUUGGUCCCCUUGUAGCUGGAACCUGGAAGGAAGGCUGGAAUCUGGGUCCCUCUGGGACUCCUGCAUUGCGUUGGGUGCUGAGCAGCCUGCAUCUGGCUCAUGCCAGGGACCUCCUGGUAGGGCAGUUAGGAAUGGCUGCCUCCUAGUAAAACUAGCCAGUCCCUGGCCUGACUGUUCCCCACACUUCGUCCUCCUAUCUGCAUUGCUGCCUGCAGGGCUGGGAAGGGAGGCUUGAGGUGGGCCACCUGGUAGUGCUGCCAGGAAAGGAGUAAGAGCCCUGCACCCUGCCAUGCCCCCUUCGUGGAAGAGAUUCCCCCUGGAGACCAUGGCCCCAAGCUCCAGCCUCCAGUAAUAUGCACAUAACUCCUGUUCCAAGGCUUAUUGUCAGAGAAGCCAGGUUUUCAACCAUCUAGCUGCUAACAUCCGAGGAUUUAAAAGCCCUCCCCAAGUGGACCAAAGCAGGCCUAAAAAGUCAGAGCCACAGAGAAAGGGAAGUUCUGAGGAGGGGUACCCUGCCUGGACCCCACUUUUCCUGAGUCCCUCUCUCCCUGACCACAUGAUCAUCACCCUGUUCUUUCCAAGGGCCUCACUCUGCUUCCUUUACUACUGCCCCGGAGCAGACACAGUCCCUUCCUUUGGUUCUCUUGUGCAUCAAUGAUUGAGUCAGGGAAUUUUCAGGAAGAACUUUGCCAAAUGCUAAGGGAGACCAGAAAGAAGAUUCUAGAAAACAUAGGGUAGAGUAUGUAUCAACUCCUAGACCCCCAUCAGGAACCACCCGGGGCCCCAUAUGACUGUUACCUGGGCAGCUCAUAACAUAAGAAUCCCACUCCUGGUUUCCAUCCUUCCAAGGUCCUACACUUCUGUCCACCUAGGGGACCCUCCUACUUCCCCAGCAAGAAGGGGUGGCACUUUGUUACACUGAGGCAGAGACCACCUUCCCUCCCACCCUAUCCAGCCCUCAUUCUGAUGAGCACAGCUCUUGCUGACCCAGGCUCAUCCUGGAGGAGGGACAUUCUCUUCUAUACUUAGGGAUGCCCUAGGGGCCACUCACUGCUGUCAUCAAUGUAGUCCUGAAUGGUCCAGACACUGCGUCCUCAGAACAGGAAGUAGCCAUGUGGACAGAGUUUAGACCAGGCUCUGGGGGCCCACUGCUUUCUCCACUCCAGAUUCCCCAGGGGCUCCUCACAGCCUGGGCUGGUUUAUCUCAUCUGCCUAGAGGGCUCUGGAGUUGCUGAUGCAAAUUCAAUAAAAAGAAGACAAGCUCUCCCAGCAAGCCCAGACUGCACCACAGCCAAGAGAAGUGGUGGUUAUCUUAGCUGCCCUCCAACUUCCUGAGACUCAUGCAGAUGAUCAAAACUUGUGGUGACUCCCAGGCUUGCAGAGAGAGGGAGGAGAAAGAGAGUGCUGGACUGGGACCAGUCCUUCCCGCAGAGGGGCCGCAGGGGAGACGGUAGCGGGCAGGGAUAUUCUGUGGCCUUCUCCAUCUGCCCCUGUGGGCUCCCUUAAUUCUCAGGGAGAUGAGGACAAAGGUGACAGGUGGGCACCAUUUGCACAGUCUUGUCACUGACACAGGUCAGGAGAGCCUGACUCAUCGGCCCCUAGCCCAAAAGUAAGGCCAACCUUACUAGGGACAGGAUCAGCUGUGAUUCCUUCCCUGGGCACCAUCCUGUGCAGAUGGGGGCACGACUGGUUGGAGCUGCAAAGUGGAGGACAGCCCAGAGCUUUUGGAAACAGGACCUCCUUAUUCAUGCCCACAGGGUCGACAGGAGACAGGGUCAGAGGAAACAGGGCCCCAGAAUACAGCACCUUCUGCCUAAGGGCAUAUAACGGCUGCCAUCCAGAGCUGUCAGGUUAUGAUCCUUGGUCAGAUGUGCCCCUCCCUCUGACAGAUAUGCAGAUCCAUGCCUGAGAUGCCUCCUCCUGUUCCUGCUUGGAGGCUGUCACAGUCUCAAGUUCCUUGGAAAGAGAGAAAAAUAUGCCUGCAAAAAAUCAGAUCCUCAGUCCUAGGGGACAGGGACACAAAGUGUCCUGGGGUCCCUGAAGCUUGGGUUGGCAUAUUCUUGCCUUGAGCAGACUAAGCACCCUGCCCUAAGCUCCCAAGGGCAACACAAAGAGCAGAGCAGAUCCCCAAGUCCCCGGAUGACCAGGGAGGGGAAGGAAUGAAACCUGACAGUGGUGAGAGUUGAGAUGUUUACCCCAGUGAGCAUCUUUCUCCUUCCCUCCCCUUCACUGUAGCCCUGACUCCAGGAGUGCCUCUGGCAUGGCCACUUGAGGAAUGUUUAUGGAGGGUCUCCUGUGCACUUAGAAUGGGUUAGUUGCCAUUAAAUACAUUACCUUGCAGUGACCCCAGUGAGAGGUACUAAUUCCCCCAUUUUGCAAAUGAGACAAUUAAGGCUCAGCUACGUCAGGGGCCCUGCCUGUCUGUGGUGAUGGCUGUCGUCAUGGUCCUCCGCCAAGUGGACCCAAGGAAGCCCAGGCCCCUCUGCUCAGCAUCCCAUAGUCCUCGGCCUCUGCAACAAGCUGUCAGCCUGGCACUCAGGUACAAAGUGUCCUCCAGGGACCUUGCCAGAUAGUGGCAGCCCCAACACCCCUCCCAGGUCGGACAGAGCCAUCCCUCGAAGCCCUGCACAUUUGCAAGUUGGUGCGGAAGUCUUGCGUAUUUCAAGUGACAGCCAGGCUCCCCCUAGCAGAGAGGCUCAGGCACACUUCCAUGAUAAGGUUGACACCACAGUGAGGGCUGAGACUAUCCCUCUGCUCCCAGAACCCUCAAACAGGGUGGGGUGGGAAUCUCAUGCCCAUGUGGACAUUAGCAUCAGGACAGAAAUGUCUCUCCCUGCCCCAUUCUGGGGCCUCAGAUCAUGGGCACCCCCAGAGCCACCCUGGGCAGGGACGGGCUCUAGGGGGUGAUGCUGUCCCCUCCUCUUCCAUUGAGGCCCUUUUCUGCCUUCUUGCCCUCUCCUGUAUUGAGCACCCAUUGUUGCUGGGCUCUAGGAUGGAUACAGUGUCCCUUUUGUCCGCAGAGCCUCACUCUGGGCACGACCAUAGGGAUUCAGAUCCGGAAGGGUUCUGUGACCCUGGGGGAGCAGGAUACGAUAGGUCACUAUGAUCGGCCCCAGGACCCUCAUGCCUGAAAAAUCCACUUUGGCCUUGAUAUCGGCAGCUCUGGGCCCCUCUUCAGGGUUUGGAGGUAAGGGGAGUGAAUUGGAACAGUUACCUUCAUCACCACGCCACCCACUACCAACUUUGGAAAUACUCCCUAGGUACAGGGAGGGCCAUGGUCCGCUGGGGAAGGAAGGGGAGAAGAGGUGGGCCAUCUGACCAGCUGAGGAGGAAAACAGUCUUUUGAGUGGCCGCUGGGUGGCGCUCAUGUCUGCCGAGGAUGGUACUGAUCAAGCACCAAACCCAGCAAUUCUCAAACUUGCUCUGGCGACAUGAUCACCUGGGGACUUUUCAAAACAGACCGCAGCCUCCCCAGAGUUUCUCAUCAGAAGGUCUGGGGUCAACGAUUUGCAUUUCCAGCAAGUCCCUAGGAGGUGUUGAUGCUGCUGGUCCUAAAACCACUGCUUUGGGCCAUAUCAUAAAGGAAGACCUACUACCUUCUUUCAGAUGUCACACCCCCAGGGUUCAAAAGCCCAGCAGGCUGUCUGGCUUGAGUUCCACCUGCUGCAGCCUGCGACUGUUCCCACUUGAUCCGCUGGAAGAGGGUGGGAUGAAGCGGCCACUGGUGUCUGUUCACAGCCAACCAGAAAAGCCCCUCUCAGCUCUGCAUUCUUGCAGCCCUACCCUGAUGUAUCUGUGACCUUGGCCAUGUUGCAGCAGUGGCCCAGGUACCUGGAUCCUCUUCCUGGAGGGGGACUAGUUACAUUUACCAGCCUGUUUUCCCACCACCUUCUAUGUGCCUUGAGACAGCUCUGCUAUAUGCUCGUCAACCCCAGCCAGAGCACAGUACCCAGCUCCGUACUAUUCUAGGCCUCCCAUGAUCCCUGUCUCCUUCCCACCUAGGCAACACCCAUCCCACACCCCGCCCUCUGCCCCGAGCAAGUGCCACUAGUAAUUCUAAGCAGCCCAGUGUUUGGAGGCCACUUGGGCUCCUGGAACCAGGUGGCCCAUGAAUGUGGGUUACCAGAAUAUUCUAGAAACAGAGAAGUUGCCUUAACUUACUGCUUAUAGGGAAGCGAUAAGUAUGCCUCUCUCCUUAGCUGAUUUCACUGGAAGCCCAGCUUCAUGUACUACAGGGCUUGACAAUAAAGGAAUUGUAUUAAGGACUA